AUGGAGUAUUGUAUGAAUUCUACCGAAUUGUUGGCAUUGAACCAACAAUCCGAAUUAAAAUCCUUCUUAGUAUUUUACAGAAUCAGGAAAAAUUGCGAGGCUAAAUACAAAAUUUUAUAUCCUGCUAAAUCAAACAACGACCUGAUUGUUAAUCCGCUCGAUGUUAGAUUAAAAUGGCGAUCUGUUUGUCGAUUUGAAACUUCAUCGAAAGGUUUCCACGGCAAUCAGCUCAGUUUAUCAAAAGUGAUCAUGUCAGUUUUAUUUUAUUUUCACAUUUUCAGCUAUCGAGAAACAGCCCAAUCAGAAACACUGAAACUGGACAAAAGUCUGACAAUGAAUAAUAGCAGUGGCAGCAACAACAACAGCAGCUGUCGCUCAUCCUCUAAGUACGUAGAUCGGAAAAUAUCAAAGUAUGAGAACGUUGACCACAAAAGAAGAAGCAACAGCCCCAGAUCAUUCUCGAACAAGCCUGGCCAUUAUGAGGCAGAUAAGAUGAAAGAUCGUAAAACUCAUAGUAAAGACGUGAAAAACAAGGAUCGAAAGCACAAAGACCACAAAUCUGAAGUGCAUAGGCUGGCCGAGCGUGUUUGUGGGGAUUGGUCGGAGCAUGUUAGCAGAUCAGGGAAGAGGUAUUUUUAUAACUGUAGGACUGAGGUUUCACAGUGGGAGAGGCCUGAUACAUGGUUUGAAGACAAGACCUCUGAUGAGAAGUUGACAGCAACAACAACAACAUCCUCUUCAUCAGCAACAACAACAGAAUCAAACAACAGAAACAAAAACAAUGACAAUAGCAGUGGUAACAGUAGAUACGCUGCUACUGCAAACAAAACGUCGACCACCUCAUCAGCCGCCAAAACGUCGUCGUCCUCGGCCAGACGCGACGUCAACAGAGACGACGUCAACAAAUCUAAAAGUAAAAAAUUUCCAACCAGGUCAUCUGACUCCCACGACAUGAACAACGACAUCGAUGAUAUCAAUCACAAUAACUGUCCUUCGUCAAAAGAUCCGCUAACGUCUUCCUCCGCUACGAAAAGAGAAAGAAAAUCAUCGCCAUCUUGCACCUCUCAGUCUCGAUCGCCUAUAGCCAGCAAUCAGAGAAGCACAACAUCAACUUACUACUCUCGCACUAACAACAACAACGACGACGACGAUAACGACGAGGAUGAUAUUAAUAAUACAAGUGGCAGGGAAGAUGGUUCUAGAAGGAACGCUGCUGCUACUGCUGCUGCUGCUGACGUGAGUAGAGGAGUGGAUGGGAAUCGAUAUCAUCAUAGCCACCAUCAUGACGUUGCUACUGACAAUCAUUCAUCGUCAAAGAAGAGCAACAGCAGUGGUAACAAUGAGAGAUCGAGAGAGACAUACUUGGACACGAACAUGCACGAAGAUAUGGAUAUAUCACCUGAAAAUUCCUUCCUGAUAAACAACAACGACGACGAUGCUAAUGAUAACAUCAACCAUGAUAAUGACAACACCGACAAUAACAUCGCUGACAGUAAUUAUAAGGCAGAAUCAAAACGGGAGACUCUCACUUCGCCAUUUUUUUCAUCAUCACCAUUCAACAAAACUGACAACACUAACAACAGCAGCAGCAACUCAGCCAACAACAACAACAGCAACAAUAGCAGAUUAAACUCACCAAACUCCGGCACAAAUGCUUCAACAUCAUCUUCCGUGGCAUCCACAACAACAUCUGCAACAACUCAUCAUGGCAGUCGAAAUCAGCAGCAGCAAAAUAAGCAACAAUCCCUCCAGACAACACUCGAUGGUCUCCAACAAGCAGUCCUCGGUCUCGUGCCUGACGGUGAGGCUUCUACAUCUGCUGGCAGCAAAUCAACUGUAGCCUCACAAGCAACCUUUGCCAACUGUGUUGCCCUCCUACCUGUUCUGCUGGCCCAACUGUCCAGUCAGCAACGUAGUGGCUCAGCUAACAACAACAGCUCUAAUGAUAAUCAGCUGAUCAUUCAGCAAGCUAUACCCCUACUGAAGAAGCUGCAGGAUAUUGUUGUGCACCAGCAACAGCAGCAGCAGCAACAACAGCAGAGGCAGUUGCAGCACAUGUUGCUGCAGCUGUUGCAGAUGCAGAAAGCCAACAAUUCUGCAUUGGCUGCUAAUAGUGGGGGCAAGAAUGCUGGUCUCAGCAGGGAGGAGCAGUUUGAAUGUAGAGCAGAAUCUCCAUACUCGCCACCGGAUUCCGACGGCUCUCCAGUUGGCAGCCCUGGUCGUGACAGCAGUAGGAACAUCAGCAGCAGUGGCAGCCAACAACAACAUAAAUCUUUGAAACCCUCAUCGUCAUCACCACCACAUCAUCACCAACAUCGAUAUCAACAUCAGAAUUCAUCAUCAUCAUCUUUGAGGCACAAAAAUGAUUGCAUGAUGCAGUCAUCGUCAUCUUCAAUGUCGUCUUCCUCUCACGCCGCUACUUUAGAUGAAAACAAUCGGCUCUCUAGGCACCAACAGCAAAACUCUUCAAGCUCCUCAACUACAACAACAGCAACAACAACAUCGUCAUCGACGUCUGCCAUGUCACAAAAUCAUUCUACUACCACGACAACAGCUCAACAACAACAACAACAUCUUCGAAAGGCUGAAUUUGGUCUGGUUGAGCUAACUCAGAGCUUAGCCAAUCACGUUAACAAUAGACUCAUUGAACACGUUACCAAUUGGCCAGCUGAUGCUAUGAUUAAGCAGGCCAACCAGGUAUCCUUAGAUACAUCGGUCUUUGCGAAUAUGUGCACUCAGAUAUCUAUGGAGUUGAAGCAAGCAAGGUCUAUGGUUAGGGCUCAAGAGAUAUUAUCAACACUUCAUGAACAGAGCAACACAAACAACAACAUCGAUGUCACAUUCAACAACAUCAACGACAAUUACAACAACAACAUUAUCUGA